AUGGUCGAAUUAGGCCCUUUUCUCCCUCCGCUAGUCGGCAUAUAUGAUGCUCAGUUCCAGGCGCUGUGUCAAACAAUUUGGGGUUGGACAUCAUGUGCUCUCUGCUCAAUUGCGAGGCCCUGCGUCGGGGAAGAUUGUCCGCACCGCCGGCUUCUGAGACUCGAGCCCUUCUUUCAAUUCUACAAAGAAGUGACGGGGUCCUAUGUUCCCGAAUCUUUGAUUCCUGACGACCCAAGAGCGCUGAGUUGCCAUCAAGACUUGAUCGACAUCAUUCGUCUUCUACAAGAGAAGCCUUCUCUGCCGCGGAUGCAACUUACUCGAGAGUUCUUCGCGGCAAGAAAUAGCAUGGAAAAGGAGCCACCGCCGCUUGCUGACCAGCACCGAGCCUUUAAUUUGGCCAUGAGGGUGCUAGUCAUGGUUGGUUGUUGCAUCGAACACCAAGGCGGAGGUCUCUUGGAGUUCGGUACCGAUCCUUGCGUUUGGCGGAGCGACCAAUCCCCCCUCGACUUUACCGCAACAGCCUUUCCCGUCAGAGAGCACCCGAGUUUGAAUGACGAGAGUCGAGCAUCUAUCGACAUAAAAUCAGAAUUGUCUGCAGUAAGGCUGAAGCAGAUUGCCGGCUUGAGGUUUGAAGGGACGACAGAACUGAGAGACCACCUGAAGCUUGAUCAAAAGACUGGAAUUGUAAAAAUCUACCAUUUUACUAGCGUUCUGAAAGAGCACCUCAGAGCUUCAAUUGACCCAAUUGUGUCUAUGACUUUUCCUGAAACAUUGAUUAGGCGGAGACUGGCUCUCGAAACCCUCGACUCUCUUCAGCUUCUCUUCCCUUUGGAUUCAGACUCACAAGCAUUACUUCGAUCUCUUGUUUCAAAAGAAUCGUUCGAUCCAGAUUGCCUACGCUUCGGCUCUGCUUCCUACCGACACAUCAAUGAGCAUGAUAUUCCUUAUCAAUACUGGGGUUCUCGGCUCAUGGAUCUUUUUGAUGAAAUCGAGAACCCCAAGCCUCGUGGCUUUAUGCAGACCUGGCUGCACCAGAAGAGCAAGGCGAGGCAUAUCAUGUUAGCCACGCUGGCUGGACUGUUUAUGGCCAUCUUGCUAGGCUUUAUAGGGCUGAUUGUAGCGAUAGUCCAGACCUGGAUUUCUUACCAGGCAUGGAAGCAUCCGGUUGGCUAUUGA